UGGGUGCUUGAUCAUGUUAUCUUGUCUCUCGUCAUAGAGUAACUGGUACAGUACUUGAGAAGCCAAGUUGGGGCGAGUAAUAGAGUGAGGAGAAGAGUAAUAAACUAUUAGUUAAUUAGUACUAUGUAUUUUAUUUUAUUAUAGUAUAAGGUUAAGAUAAUAUAUGAUUAUUGUCAAUUUUAGGUAUGUGAAGGACCACCACAUUGUCUUUUAUUUUUCUUGUACCUUGUUAAAAAUAGUGAUAUUGGCUAGUUAUUUUUGGAGUGAGGUAGGGACUGUAUACGACUGCUGGAUACAAGUGAGGUCUUUUAUUUCACUCUGCACCCUUCUUUUGUGUCGUUGGUCGAUUCCCAUCACGUUAUGUGUGAUCAAUUUGCACGUAUUUUUCUUUGGUCUUGUCAAAUUUGUUGUUUUCAGGUCUAAUUCCCUUUAAUACUUGGUUCUUUUUUCUCGUUCAAGAUCAAGGUCUUAAUGUUUUGUGCCUUGAGGAAAUGGAAUGGCCUUUUAUUUUUAGUAUUUCCAUCCCAUGAUUGCUUUGGCUUAGAAAUUUGUAUUGGCUACCCGUGCAUGAAAAUGUUGUGGCUUGUCUUGGCCAUCAACAAUCUCGUUGGCAUAUAAGCCAUCAUUUAUAUUGAAGAAAUGAUUUUCGGUAUUACUUUGGAGGUUGGGAGAGUGAACGUGUGGCAUUAUAUUUUGUUUUGGUCUUUCCUUUACAUGUCUUUCCUUUCUAUAUUUUCUUUUUCAUUUUCAUGAGUAUUGAUUUAAGAAAAUGGCAUCUCUUGCUCGGAGAUCAAGUAGAAAACCUUGAAAGAAAGUAUAAUAUAUAUGGAAAAGGUCACCUCUCUCAAACCAUUGGAACCAGUAAAAGUUGUCUUUUUCAUUAUGCUCAAAUUACAGGGAUUAAAUAUUACAGGGGAGUACUUGAUCAAUAAUGCAAAGAACAAAUGAGCAAUAAGUGAAGAGAUGUUAUAAUCGGUACAUAUACUGGAAAAUAAUGGAAAUGCUUAUUUCUGCUUAAAGAAUGUCCCUCUGUUUCCCUUGCUAACCACUUAAAAAUCAGAAUACUCCCUAUGGGCAUAGUUACUAAUUGUCGUAUAAGCUUUAAUUUAGGCAUGGGAAAUGCCUAUUCUUAAGAUUACGAAAAAUAUUGGAUUUUCUCUUUGUAUAAGCACGAGUUCUGUGCUUAGUUGAGUAGAGUGUGUGUGUGGGGGGGGGACCCUCAAUUAUCACAACUACUCCCUCCGUUUCUUUUUAUUUGUUACGUAUUCCUUUUAUGGUGUUUCACAAUGUUUGUUACAUGGGGGAAUCUUUCCUUUUAUAAACUUAUUAUACCAUCAUUUUUUGUGCCACCUUUUAAUUUUAAUUGGUCUAAUUUUUUCAACUCAUUAAAUUUCUUUACAAUUUCCCAAAUAUGUUAAGUUAACAUCUUUGUGCUUUUCCAUUAUUGGUUCAUUUUAAUAGUAAAACAAUCCUAUUGGUUGUUACAAUGAUUAGUGGAUUGAUGUAUUAUUUGAGUUUAUUUUUUUAAUAAAAAAUAAAAAGAAUCUUUAUUAUAUGUUAAAAAACGUGCAAAAGUCCAAACGUAACAAACAAAAUGGAACAGAGGGAGUAUCAGAUUUACGGGUCAUGAUGGUGAUAUUAUAGCCUUUGUUAAGAGUUAUCAUAUUAAGAAGUUCAUGAGAUUAUGAUCUUUGUUGUAGAAAAAUUCACAUUAUGAGUUCAUUUCGAUGUUGUUGUAGUAUAAGUAGCCCUUUCUUUUUCAUGUUGGAUAUUUGAUUUAAUAUGAGUUGUUCUUCAUUAUUUUAGGAACUUUAUCGCCUGCAUUUACAUCAGGAGAUGGGUUCGUUUUCUAUCAAAUUGAUGCUGCAAUCAUUACUACAAUAAUAUUUGAUGUUCAAUGGAGCAGCUCAUCAAAAAACUAAUAUCCAACUGUUUACAUGGAUCCCUGGUUGUGCUAAUAUUGCUAAAGAAUGAGCCUUUUAGUCUUUAUUUCCAUAAUUUCUUGAAAAUCUAGAAAAAAAACUUACAUUUGUUCGCUACACUUGAAAUCAAACUGUUGUACCAUGUUUUAUAGUGACACUGCCAUAUGAUUUACCUAAGUUCCACACUGUUCUACGUGUCAUAAGUACUGUCUGGUUGUAGACUGAGUCAUGGUAGUUGUAUCUUGAUAUCUGACAAAACAUGAACAUGCCUCACUGUGAUAUAUGAUCUAUUUCCCCCUACCCCCUACCCCCUUGCUUUUUCUGUAUGCUUAUAAAGGUUGUUAUAUGGCUAGAAAUUCCCUCUCAUUUGAAAGGGAAGUUGUCUUUGUAGAAAAUGAAACCCAAAACAUGUUCGGUGUAUCUGUUCAUUGCUGAUAUGAUUUUAUGCAGUGUUAAUGCAGUGUCUAACAUUCAAGAAGAUUAAUGUUUCCAUUUUUGCUCUGGCUUGACAAAAACCAUUUUUUUUUUGUAAAACCUAGGAAGGAUUUUCAGGUUGUAGCUAAAAAAAAGUAUAUACUGAAACGAUAUAAACUUCAGUAAUUUACUUUGAAUUGGAUAUUUUAUGAGCUUCCAAGCAACUAUGAUACAGUUAUAACUUUCUCAUUUAGGAUUAUGACAAAAAUGAUUGGUGGACUCUUAUAUUCAGUAUUAUGUGUACUUUUUAGGGUAUAAUGUCGGUUUAAUGUUUGAUUACAUCAAUUAUUGAGGAGUUUAUGCAUUUUUGUCAAAUUUAUGCUUAUAAUUGUAAUAUUUGAUGUUUAAAUGUGAUUUUUGGGUAAUAUUUGAAAGAUUUAUCAUUUGGGUAAAACUAAUCAGCAAUGGUUGUUGGGCUUAUGCAGGUUAUAUAUGAUAAAUUGACUGGAAGGAGCAUAGAGUUUGGAUUUUUGACCAUGUCUUCAGUUGAAGAAGUAGAAGCAGCUGCUCAGCAAGUGGAUAUGAGCGCACGAGUUUGCAAGAGUAAUAUAUAUGGCAAGGUGGAUUGGCAGACAUCGUAGUCCGAUUGGGUAUAUUUUCGACAAUGAGAAAUAUGUCUAUAUUUCUACCCUUCUUAGGGGAGGGGGCUUUGCUAAAUUUCAUAUUAUUCAGGUAUCUGGGUUGUCCUACCAAAAUGCAAUGAAAUACUCAACUACUCCCUCCAACGAUCCUGACACACAUGAGUAUUUCAGGUCAACCAGUAAGGCUAAGAGUGAUCUUUCUGUCAAAGAUAUUGUUGAGCAGGACGUGAAGAACAAUCCGGUUAUGAUGUAUAUAAAGUGGAUUCCCGAAAUGCAUAUAUGCGGUUUCAGUGCUCUUGCAGUGAGGGUACUGAAGGAGUAUCUAGUAACAUUUGAGAGAUUGAAGAAACAUCAAAAAGGGAGAUUAGUGCACGGGCAUCGACAGUGAAAUUUCCUUGAUAUCUUAAUCUUGUUGCAUCCUCCAUAUCAAGCAGAAUCAUGGUGGAAGUUAAAAGUUGAAUGUUAUUUUGUUGUUAAAAUCUCUCCUCUCUGUAAUGCUUCGAUUGGUUUAGGUUGAAAUGAGUUUGUCUAAAUAAAUUAAGAUUGAUGUUUAUCAAGUAGUAAAAUAAAAUUAUAUAUCCUACCUUUUAUCGGAUAUAAUAUAAGUAAUAUAUUUUUCAAA